GGGAAUCUCCCCCCAGACUACCAGAUCACUCUGAUCGAUAUCGGCCUGGUGCUGGAGUUCCUGAUGGGCGGAGCUUACCGCUGCAAAUACACCAGGAAGAGCUUCAGGGCGCUUUACAACAACCUGUACGGACUGAAACGACCGAAAGCUCUGAAACUUCUUGGGAUGGAGGACGACGAGCCCCGUCCGAAGGGUAAAGGAAAGAAGAACAAGAAGGAGGAGGAGGUGGACAUCGACGUGGACGACCCCGAAGUCAGCAGGUUUCAGUACCCGUUCCACGAGCUGAUGGUGUGGGCCGUGCUGAUGAAGCGCCAGAAAAUGGCGCUGUUCCUGUGGCAGCGGGGCGAGGAGGCCAUGGCCAAGGCUCUGGUGGCCUGUAAACUCUACAAGGCAAUGGCCCACGAGUCGUCCCAGAGCGAGCUGGUGGACGAUAUCUAUCAGGACCUGGAGAACAACUCCAAGGAGUUUGGUCAGCUGGCCUACGAGUUGCUGGAUCAGUCGUACAAACACGACGAGCAGGUGGCCAUGAAGCUGCUGACCUACGAGCUGAAGAACUGGAGCAAUUCCACCUGUCUGAAGCUGGCUGUCGCAGCCAAACAUCGAGACUUCAUCGCACACACCUGCAGCCAGAUGCUGCUAACGGACAUGUGGAUGGGCUGCCUGAGGAUGGGCAAGAGCAACAGCCUCAAGGUGAUUUUAGGGAUCGUUUUUCCUCCUGCGAUUCUCCUCCUGGACUUUCGUCUGGCAGAUGAAGCCUCGAAUCAUUUGUCCAAAGAGAACGACGACAGCAGAUCUAAAGACGACAACAAAUCCAGCAAGGACGCCGUCUCCAACAUUGACGCUACGUCGAAGAAAGGAGACGAAGAAGAAGAGCAGAAGAAACACCGGAGGACUCCCAUCGGGAGGAAGAUCUACGAGUUCUACAACACUCCCUUCACCAAGUUUUGGUUCAACACGGAAAGUUUUAGAAUAUAUAAAUACUGUAUCUCCUACCUGGUUUACCUGAUGUUGUAUAACUACAUCAUCCUGGUGAAGAUGGAGCGAUGGCCGUCUUUGCAGGAGUGGAUCGUUAUCUCUUACAUCAUCACUCUGGGACUGGAGAAGGUCCGACAGAUCUUGAUGUCGGAGCCGGGGAAACUGAAGCAGAAGAUCAACGUUUGGUUGGAGGAUUACUGGAACAUCACCGACCUGGCGGCCAUCUCCGUUUUCCUGCUGGGUCUGCUGCUGCGGCUGCAGAGCGAGCCGUCCAUGGGCUACGGACGCGUCAUCUACUGCGUCGACAUCAUCUUCUGGUACAUCCGAGUCCUCGACAUCUUCGGAGUCAACAAGUACCUGGGACCCUACGUCAUGAUGAUCGGAAAAAUGAUGAUCGACAUGCUGUACUUCGUGGUCAUCAUGCUGGUGGUGUUGAUGAGUUUCGGCGUAGCUCGGCAGGCUAUCCUCCACCCGGACGAGGAGCCAACAUGGCGUCUGGCCCGAAACAUCUUCUACAUGCCGUACUGGAUGAUCUACGGAGAGGUGUUUGCAGACUCCAUAGACCGUAAGACUAGAGUUCAUAGUAAGACUCCAGUCAGCCGCCUGUUAGUCCUCACCCCUGUCCUCCCGUCUGCCCUCACCCUCACCCUGUCCUUCCCUUCUGUCCUCCCCUCUGCCGUCCUCUCUGACCUCACCCUUUGCCCUCACCCCGUCCUUCGCCUCUGCCCUCACCCUCUGCCCUCACCCUGUCCUUCCUGUCCUUCGCCUCUGCCCUCACCCUCUUCCCUCACCCUCUGCCCUCACCCUCUGCCCUCACCCUGUCCUUCACCUCUGCCCUCACCCUCAGAGUUCAUA